AUGGUAAGAAUGCUCAUUGACCAAGCAUUAUCAUCUAUUAAAUCAGGUUCUCGAGUUUUUGUUCACGGUUGUGCUGGUACACCUCAAUAUCUCAAUAGUUUAUUGGCCAAACGUGCAAAUGAACUUCGACGCGUUGAAAUCAUGGGCAUUCUUCCUCUUGAUAAUACAUUUACAGAUCCAAAAUUAAAAGAUAGUUUCUUUGUCAAUAGUCUUUUUGCAUCGGCUUUCGUUCGACCAUGUAUUGCUAAUGGUACAGCAUCAUAUAUUCCAACAUUUCU